AUGUCGUCCGCCGUCGUCGCCCGCCCUCUCCUGAGGCAGAACCUCCGCUUCGCCGCCCGCCGCUUCCAGACCACCGACGCCGCCUCCGCACAGGCCAAGAAGGCCGCCGACGCCGCCAAGGAGACGGCCCAGAACGUCCAGUCCAAGGCCGCCCAGGGCCUGUCGCGCGUCACCUCCGCCGCCGGGCCCGCGCUCGCCGGCGCCGCCAGCGCCGCCAAGGGUGCCGCCAGCGCGCUCGGAAAGGUCGGCGGCCGCACGGGGAGAUUCGUCGGCUUCGUUGAGCGCCAGGUCCCCUUCGUCGUCUACUACAGCAGAGUCGGCCUCGAGCUGAGCAAGCUGGUCUUCCAGGGCCAGAAGAUGCAGCCACCUUCCCUGACCACCGUCCAGAGCUACUUUAACCGCGCGGUCAACGCCGUCAAGAACCCCCAGACCCUACUGCGGUCCGCCUCUAGCACCGCUGCCAGCGCCCCAUCCCCGGCCUCGGCCGUUCAGCAGGUCCGGAACCUCUCGAGGGCGCAGAUCGUCGGCGGUGGCGUGCUGCUUGCCGAGGUGCUAGGUUUCUUCACCGUGGGCGAGAUCAUCGGCCGCUGGAAGCUGAUUGGGUACCACGGAGAGACCGGCCACGGCCACCACUAG